ACCAGGUUUUACGGGACAGUCACCGACACCUCCAUGUGGGCGUGACCUGACCGACCGGCUUGCUUCCAUAACAGCCACUAGCAACCACCAAACCAUCGGGUCAGUCAACACUGAGUGCAAGUCAUCCUGACUACAUCAUUUUAUAGCAGUUGUGGGGGGCUGUACACUAUUGUUAGAGUUACAGUAGCAGUUGGUGUCAGGGUGAACGCAUACUUCGUCGUAGCAGACACCGAUUAGCAACUUGUUAGCUCGCUACCGAGAACCACAUGGAUCCUCAAAUCACCAACAGGAGCAGUGAGGCGAAGAUGUUGUUGACCCACGCCAAGACUCUCAGGCUGCACACCGGAAAUCUAGUCAACCGAAGUCGUCUGAAAAAGAAAUGUCCGUGCUCUCCCAGCGAAGAGCUUCAAGAUUGCAUUCAAGACACACUGAGUGAUUGGCUUUCUGCAACAAAACCGCCAUCCAAGGACUUCCUGGACACACUGGACUGCUCCAUUCCCCAGGCAACAGAUGCUAUUACGCCUGAAGAGAGGGAGGAACUGAGGGUUACAGUCAAGCUAUUCCUGUGCGAGUCGGUUCAAUCCUCUAUCAGAGAUGCCGUGGAGAUGGUCUGCCAGACGCUGGCAGUGUCCCAGCUUGACUCUGUUAUCAUAGCGCCACCUUGGCCGCUGGAGGGUGACAGCCAAAGUUUGGCUCACCUACAGCCAGCUUGGGAGGAGCUGGAGUCUCUGGUCAGGAGCCAGCAGAUUGCUGCCAUUGGCACCUCUGACCUGGACAAAGAUCUGCUGGAACAGCUCUACAACUGGGCUCAGGUGAAGCCCAGCAGUAACCAGGUCAACCUGGCCUCCUGCUGUGUGAUGCCUCCUGACCUGACAGCCUUCGCUAAGGAGUUUGACAUCCAGCUGCUCACACACAACGAUCCCAAAGAGCUGAUGUCUGCAGCCACAUUCCAGGAGGCGGUGCAGGAAGGAACGCAGGACCUGAGCAUUGCUGACUGGAGGCUGGAGUGGGUCCUGCGUUACUCCAUAAUUGUUAAGAGCAGGGGCAUUAUCAAGGCUAAGGGCUACCUGGUCAGUGCAAGGAAGGCAAUCCCCUAACACACCCUGCUAGUGAAGAAGAUGCAUGGAUGAAGCCAUUUUCCUCCUUUUGAUUGACAUACAUACAACCUGCAAAGUAACAGCUCUGAAUAAUGGAUGCUGCCAUCAACCAUGAGUCUUGAAGUCAUUGUUUUAUCCCACAGAUAAUCCUGAUCAUGUAUGAUUUUAUUCAGUUUAACUGAUGCAUCUACUCAUAACCCUCGUCUCAGUGAGAGAAAAUCGAAAAUGAACAUGCAAGAUCAACUCCAGAGUCCGUUUUGAGAACAUACUGUGAAAGUGAGAGUUUCACAGACGACCAGUACAUUGACAGAUCAGCCAUUACACAGUAGAGGCUGCUUUAAUGCUGGAAAGUGUUGCUAAACUUUGAUCCAAGGUGAGGGUUUCUCAACCUUGUUCUGACUUAAAGUGCCUCAUCUUUUUCGUUUUCUGUUUUCUGCGUUGUCGGUGUGAAUCAAGCUUUAAAUUGAUCAGUCUGAAUAAAAGAUUACAAGUAGGUAAAGCAAGAGAUAGAGAUUUGUUUUUUUAGUACAGAAUGAUUCCAAACAUUUUGAAAGGGUAAAUGGGGGGAAAAAAGUGAUUUUAUUCAUGCAUUGAAUUUUUCCUGCUGUAUAUAACAUCGUUUGCAUUCCUCAAUUUUGAAAAAUGAUGCGCUAAUCCAAAUCAAACUACAUAAGAGAUGUUUAUUUUAUGAUGCUGAUUGACUUUAACUGCUAAAGCAGGCAACUAUGUGAGUAUAUAUAACUUUAUUUUAUCAUGCUUUUUUUUUUUUCUAACCAUGUCACUGUGUUUGAUGAUGCAUUGAAAUGUUUACCCACUCUGUGCUCAUGAGAUUAACUUGAGGAUUGAGAGUACAGCAGUAUUUUGAGAUUGACAUGCAUAGCAGGCUUAUGUCCUCUAUAUGCAUUGUUACAGCACUGGAAACUCGGCGUCAAUGAGAUGUUAAAAUUAGUUAACUCUUAGGAAGUUUUUAUUUAAGAAUCAUGGUUGUUUUUCCAGACAGGAUCCAUUUAAUCUCAUGAAGGCGAGUUAUCUGUUGUACUGUAAACAUAUUUAAUGUUGUCAUUUAUCUGUAUAUCAUGAAUUGGCUUUAUUAAAAUUAUAAAACAGAUGUUUGUUCGGUCAA